GGAAGAAGAAGAAAACCUGAACGCUUUAUGCUCUGUCUUGAUGUGGUUUGGAAAGUAAAUGCGAGCGGAGCGGCCAGCCGGUUACGCUCUGUGAUGACAGCGUGUGUUUGUUGGCGGGAUGGGAAGAAGAGUAGAGAAAGCUUCACUUGCACACGUCGCCUCUCUGGUUUGUGCAGCGGACACUUAAUUGUUACAGUUGAAGACAAUUAAGCAGCGCGUUGAGGGGCGAAGGCACAGUGUUUGGUGUUCAACUUAAAAGACGCUCUCGGUGCUCCCGGUGCUGGAGCAGCCGGUGGAUGUUGCGCCAUGGAGAUAAAGACAAGACUUAGUGCCAUGCUCGUGUUCUUAUGGAUUUUUCAAGGUGACACCAGGAAGUUGGAGAUCCCCAAAGGAGAGAUGGAGGCUGUCAGGGGCCAGAUGGUGGUGUUACACGCCUGGUACAGCCCCAACUCAGACAUUUCCAAAAACCCUGUCGUUUGGCACUUCACGGGUAAAGAAACCAAGCAGGUGAUAAGCUUUAGCUCAGGCGAGGUCGGUUAUGGCCAGAACGAGUUCACCAAAAGAGUGGGCUUCAGCGCGGCCAUGCCCUCAGCCAACCUGUCCAUCUACAUCAACAACACCCAGGAGUCUGACUCUGGGGCCUACUUAUGCACUGUCAUCAUCCCUGGAAGUCCUGUCCUUUUGGGUAACAUACACCUUAAUGUCAAAGUCCCUCCUUCUCCCCCAGUGUGCACCAUGACAGGGAACCCAGUGGUGAAGGGCAACGUGACUCUGAGCUGUAAGUCCAGUCAUGGAAAACCCGUCCCUCAGUACAAAUGGACCAAGUCUGCACCUAUGUCUGAGGUCUUCUUCUCCCCAAUGCAGAAAUGGAGAGCCUGCCCCCAGCCCAUGUUUGUCCUUGGGUUCAUGGAUGAGAGGCACGGCACCCUCAGGCUGAGCAACCUCACUAAAAGCAUGUCAGGGAAGUACAUCUGCCGAGCCAGCAACACUGCCGGCUCUGACAGCUGCUCCAUUAACCUGGAGGUUAUCACCUCUUCCAAUGCAGGCAUGAUUGCAGCAGCUACGCUGGGGUCGAUGGUGGGACUUGUGGCCAUGGUGCUCUUCCUCAUAUUCAUACUGAGAAGAAGGAGGGACACUGAGGAGGAGAUGGCCAACGAGAUCAAGGAGGAUGCUCAGGCACCAAAGAGAGUGUCAUGGGCAAAGAGUAACACCGGCUCAGACAUUGUAUCCAAGAACGGCACGCUGUCCUCCAUAGCCACCAGUCCUCGACCCCGAGACCCGCCAAACUACCACUACCCGUACUCCCCAACAUCAACUUCAGACACUGGUUCGGUGAUCAAUGCCUACCAGCUGCGACCUGGAGAAGCCAAUACGCUACAGGGACUUCCCGGUUACAACAUCGGAGGCACCCCGUCACGCAAACACAAGCGACCUCCCAGUACAAACGGGGCCCCUCCGCAGCUUCUAAGGGGCUCUGUGGUCGCAAUGCCCAACAGGACUGAGGGGGCUCAGCCUCAGGUGCCUCCACCCACUGUGUCCCCACAAAUGAGCUCCUCCACUCUGACACGCAUGGGAGCUGUAGCUGUCAUGGUGCCUGCUCAGAGCCAAGCCGGCUCACUGGUGUAGGCCAGCAGAAGGACCGUGGUUACAGAUGGAGAGAAAGUAUGCCUUGAAAUGGAAAGCACUUUCUCCCUGAAGACCUGGAAGCUUGUGAGAGAAGAAAUGUCUCCCUUCGGCUCGUUCAUUUCAGUUUCUUUUUUUAAAAAGAUUUUCAUUUACACUCUUAUAAAGAGAUCUUCAAAGUGGAAUCCAAUAGCAUUAGGAUUUUUAAGCAGCAUACAAUUUAAGACCACGGAUUUCAAGAGAGUUGUUACCCUAUUACAGUGUGUCUGGAUACUGUAAACCCUUAGAGCUUUGCAGUUCUUGCAAAAUAUGUUUUGACUACAUUUGUGUGUAUAUGUAUAUAUAUAUAUAUAUAUAUAUAUAUAUAUAUAUAUAUAUAUAAAUUAUGAUUUCACUUGUAAAGCUGUGUAAGGACAUUUUUCAGUCACUUGUCUCAGGCUAACUGCACUAGUUCAAAAUCACAAUUCAGGUAUUCAACUUGAUCGCUUUCUUUGAUCCACAUUUACUUGUGUUCACGUAAAGGGUUGUUUUAUUUAACCUACUGUAACGUCGGUGUGGUUCCAUGACACCGAUGUCUGCUGAGAGAACUUUUGAGUAUAUUGCCUGUUAUGGUAGUUGGAAUGUAACCAAAAUAGUGAGUACAUGUUGAAAGUUGAUGGUUUCUUAAUAUUUUGUUCAAAGGUGCUUGGUAUAACUUGUAUAUGAUACGAUUACUGCAAACGUCCAUUAGUGGAUAAGAUAAUAGACCAACCUUCCAGCUGAUGGUCUUGUUUGUUUUCUUUAAAGUUACUGAACUUUGGAAAUAAGGUGGUGAGUUAUUAAUAGUGAAAGGCUACAUGUAGCACUUUUAAAGCAGUUUUGAUUGUUGAUCAUUUUUUUAAAUAAAGUGUUCUGCAGUGUUUGAUUUUAG